AGUUAGGCCAAGGAGAAUAGAAUAUUGCCUUGGAAUCAUUCAUUUUAGAAGGAGCGAUCGGAACCGGACAACGCGUCUCAAUUGCGCCUGGGCUUCAACAAGGUCGUUUCAUCUUGUAAGGUACCAAGAAUUGAGAAUAACGAUCAUUUAUCCUCAUUAUCGUAUUGUCUCAACCAUAAUCGUCAUCGUCGUCACUGAUCUCGUGAAUCUGACCAUGGCUACGAAGUUCCACGCAGCCGCGAAAGAAGGGCAUCUCGACCCCCUCCGUGAGGCCACCAAGCGAGACUGCAACCGGGCCGAUGAGACGGGCAUGACCCCGACACUGUGGGCUGCAACCAACGGUCACAUCGAUGCACUUCGGUUGAUUGUUAGCAGAGGGGGCGACCCAGACAAAGCUGAUUUACAAGGACACACAGCGCUCCACUUUGCCGCCCUCUACGGUCACAGUACGGUCAUCGAGUACUUGGUCUCUUUUGGCUGCAAUCUGUGGGCUCUGAACAAUGAUUAUAAAAUGGCCAUGACUUUAGCUAUGGAAGGAGGCUAUGGCGAGAUCGUUAAAGUCUUGGAUGACGUUGCAGGAAGACAGGCUGCCACUAACAAGAAGGUUGUUCAAAAGGCCAAGCAGAAAGCCAUUAAAGACGCAGAUGAGAGGGUAAAGAAACUCGACAAGAUGGUGAAAGAACACGAGGCGCAGAUGAAGAAGGAUGAAAAACAGAGCAAGAACAAAAGUGGCCGUGGAACCAUCAAAACCCCUAGCCAAGGUAUUUCAGAAUCCAGCUUCUCCGACGUACUGAACUCGAGAGUCACCAAGCGGGAUUCAUUGAUGGCUUCGGAUCCAUCAGAAGGAGCAUCGAAGUCAAAUCGGAAAAGAGGCGACGGUGACGGAACGUCUUCUACGGGUUUGCCGGCGUCAGAUUCGAGCAGCGUCGAAAACUCUGAGAAUGGGGAGACACUCGCUAAUUACCAGGAUUCGCGAUUCUGGCUGCCGAAUCGCAACUCAAACGCUAUGAUGUCGCUAGCGAGGGAAGGCGAGUCGGUGGAUAUCGACGAUGCCCUAGCAACCCUUGAUAACAGCAUCGAUGACGCCACUGGCGAUCCGUCAGAAGCAGCCAAACAGAGACGGAAGCCAUUGGAUAGAGACAACGGAAGCCAUCACUCCAGGACGGCCAAACCUGGUGAUUCCAUCAGUACCGUCUUCCGCGGCGACCAGGCCAUGUGGGCGGAAUUCGAAAUCGAUUUAGAAGACGACGUCGACGCGUCAUCGUCGGCCAUCGAACUCUUCCUCACUGUCAAUGAUCUCGAGGAUUACAUCCCUGUCUUCUUUGAUGAGGACAUUGACAUGAAAGCCCUGGAGCUUCUGACGGACCAAGAUAUUCUCGAUCUCAAGCUGCCUUUGGGUCCCAGGAGAAAGCUAAAUCAAGCAAUUGCCAAGCGAAAGGAAGCCCUGGCAACGCCUCGUGCAAUAUGUGAUUCCGCGAUUUGAAGAAAAGAAAAGCUAUAUUUGAAAGACUAUUAUUUUGCACUGAUUGCUUAACAUGCUGAAUGAAGAAUUUCUCUCUUUGUUUUGAACGUGACUGAAAUCAUAAAUCAACGGAAUGGAACGCCGAGUGACUAAUAGACAAGAAGAUAUGAAUAAAAACGGUAUCCUUCGUAAACGGAUCCACGCUCAAGAUAUAAUUUUACCUCAUACACCAUCUCGUAGUCUAAGAUCAUCACAUUAACAUCUGCUUCAUAUCACAAGGACAAGAAUCGCCUGCCGCGAAAUUGCUUUCUCGGCCGUAGCACCAUUUCUGUUCAUGAACAAAUUACCUUUUGAAGAUGACAACUAUAACACCAUUAGAGAGUUUCAAAGGCCCAGUUGAUUUUUU